AAACGCGUAUGGCCCUGGCAAACACCAAUUAAAACGCGGCUUCUCUGUCCCUCGACCAGUUAUGUAACCGCUUGAUUCAUGAAUGAUUUUACCAAACAUCCGCCGUGAAACCAAGAUGGUGGACCUCAUGGAAAAGUGAAAACAAUUCGACAACAAAAUCAUAUAUCCUGACUUUAAUCAAUACAUUACCGGCAAAAAUUCAACCUUGAACUUUUUAUUUUUUUGUUGACUUUCGUCGUAGCCAUGCAAGCAGUUCUGUUGUUUAUUUAGUCGACGACUGUAUCGAUAUUAGACUCAUUGUUUGGUCCGGCUCGAGCUCAGAUGCUGUAGUUAGGAAACUCUGUGUCAGAUACUAAAAAAAAAAAAAUACACGUUUUUUUCCCUGAUAUGUUUAAAGGAGUCAAUUGUGCAUGUUAGCGAAGGACUAUCCGAACUCGGAGGAGGAGUAAGCCUGUAAGGCGAGCCGGGUUUUUCCGUCGCAGGAUACGUCGAACGCAGGGGAGCGAAGCUGAGGUGAAGCUGAAGCAGUUGCAUCACUUACGGUAACAGACGGAGAAGAUGGAGUCGAAACGCGGCAGCAAGGAUAUAGUAGUGGAGAACGACAGUGACAGUAGUAGCGACAGCAGGCCGAACAGCCCGGAGACGAGCGGCGGAAACGCGUUCGCCAACGACGGCAGCUUCCUGGAGCUCUUCAAGAGGAAGAUGGAGGAGGAGGAGAGGAGGAGGAGGAAGGAGCAGCAGCAGCAGCAAGAGGAGAAGAACAAGAUGAAGGAGGGACGGGGCGACACGAGAUGCCCGCAGGGGCCGCAGUCCUCGGGCCAGAAGAAGACAUUUAGCGUGACGAGCUUUGUGGGCAGGCGGAGAGGUGGCGCCAAGCUGGCCCUCAAGACUGGAGUGGUGGCCAAGAAGCGGAAGCUGGACAGCGAGGUAUCGCGCCACAUUUCUUUUGUUUACCACGCGAGCCAUCCUUACUGUUUCUCUCACACCUUUCUCCAAGGCAGUUUACAGCUACUUAGAGCGGAUUUACCCGUUUACGCUGCCGGGUGAACUACUGCAGUGGUGCCGGGUAAGCGCCUUCCUCGGAGGGUACCGCGGCAGGAACGGGGGAUUCCGACCUGUGUAACGUGAUGGCUCCGACCGCUGCGCCACCUGCUGCUCCGCGACAGUUCUCAGCUCAGUAGCUGAAACAUGGGAUCUGGCAGUUGAGCAUGAAGUACCGUAAUAUGUACAACAGAUUAGCGCGUUCCAACUGUAAGAUGUACCUUAGUCGUACACACAGUAAGUACUCAGUGUUGCUGCAAUUUUAGCGCCGCUGCUUUGUUCACGCUUUUUGGUUUCUGGUUCUCAGGGCGAUUCCAACAAAGGAGAUGCCUGGGCUAAGUACAUGGCUGAAGUUAUGAAAUACAAAGCACAUCAGUGUGGUGACGACGA